CCUCAUACACGGAGGAAGGCCAGUUUCCAUCUGUUAGCGUCACUCACAUUGUUGGACAAGCUGCGAUAAUCCAAAUUUAGGAAUCGGCUAAUGAAAAGCAACAGAUCACUGCGAUCAGGACAACAUUCGAAUGUACUCUGUAGACAAUGUCUGCCGGUGUGAACUUAGAUAAUUGUCCACUGUCGACAAAUAUGAAGGAGAGUAGCGGUACUUCGUCUGACAUCCCAUCUGUGGGAGAGCUGGAAUGUGUUUUAUACGGUGGUAAAAAGUCCUGUAACCACGUGGAUGAAGUGUGGCCUAACCUGUUCCUUGGAGACAUGUCUAUGGCCCAUGACCGAUAUGGUUUGUGGAAGUUGGGAAUUACGCAUGUCCUAAAUGCAGCUCACGGGAAAAUGUGUUGCCAGGGGAGUCACGAUUUUUACGGGACAACGGUGGACUACUAUGGGGUGCCAGCUAAUGAUUUGCCAACAUUUGAUUUAUCUCCCUACUUCUACCCCUCAGCACAUUACAUUAAUGAGACUCUCAAUACUCCAAACGCCAAGAUUUUUGUCCACUGCGCAGUUGGGGUCAGCAGGUCUGCAUCCCUGGUACUGGCAUACCUAAUGAUAUAUCAUCAUUUCUCACUGAUGGAUGCCAUUAAAAGGGUAAAAGAGAACAGGUGGAUUUUCCCAAACCGAGGAUUUCUGAAGCAGUUAAGACGACUAGAUGCAACUUUACGCAGGGAAAAGAGCGUAGAAUGAAGAUGGACAAAGUCAGAGCGAUAGGAAAUUCAGAGAACUUCACAUUUAUUCAAUUUUAAAGCUGAACUUCAUGUGGGAUUUAGAAGAGCUUUUUUUCCCAGGCUGAAUCUGUAUUUCAUGUGAAAUAAAUGAAAGACUUUGCCAUCUGCUUUGCAAACAUUUUGGACUGAAAAUUAUAAUAUCAAUAAAGGUUUUUUUUUUUUUUUUUUUACUUAAAAGACCAUUUUAUUUUUUAAAGAAAUUAACUUUCUUGUUAUACCUUGUGUAACAGGUAAAGAAUAUGUGUAGGGUAAAAAAAAUUAAUUAAAUGAUGUAAAAUUAAACAAUGGGUAAUGAUAGCCAUGUCUUUAUUAAUAAAAGAUGAUUUUAUAUUAUUCAGCAUAA